AUUUUAUUCAGGUACAGUAUAUUGAGUCUACUGAUACAGUAUAUUCAUUAACACAUACACACAUUAUGAAACCAUUCAGUACCUGGCCUUAAACAGUCUGUCCAGUUGCUGGAUUUCCUGCAAUCAGGGCAUAUGAACAGAGCAAUUCAUCGGCUAGCUGAUCUAGGAAUGUGGCCUUCCAGUAUGUACCUCCCAGGCAUCCACCCCAUUUUCUCCAGUAAGCUGGCUUAACCCUAGCUCCAGUAAGCAUCCUGCUGACCCCGAUAUCCCAUAUCUGGUCCUGGGCUCCAAAGCCCAUUAUCCUACUUGCUCUCUAGUCUGGCUCCUUGGCUAGAGAUCACACAUACUUGCAUUCCACCUAGCCCUGGCCCCUCCCUGCAUGUCUUCCCAUUUGCUGGAACCACUGGCUGCUCUGACCUGUGUCCUAAUGCCAGUUGCUAGCACUUAGACCUCCGCUUGUGCAUAGGCACACAGGGUAGAGUCUGCUCACUCUGGAAGAAAAAAAAAUACACAAGACAGCACAGACUGCAGAGAUAAAUCUUACUGAUCAGCAACAUUUUAUAACAUUACCAUUUUCUUAGCUUUUUUUUUCCCUUCAGUGUUCCCAUGUAUUUUUCCUCCUAGUCCACUUCGACUCCCCCCUCUCCUUUGGUGCUUCUCUUCAUAUACCCAUAUUAUAAACCCAUAAUAUAUCUCACAUGUUCCCACAAUUCGCUAAAAAGGAUCUCAUGGUAGCUUUUUUCACAUCCCUAAAUGCUCUUCCCCCCAUGUGCCACCCUAAGGCAAAUGCCCCUAUAGACAGGGAUACCUCUCAGUAUGUGGGCAUCCCAUGAGCCCCUCCACCUCGCUCUAGAUGGAAGAGUCCCUGAUAAGGGACCGAGCAGGCCCAUGGACUGACUCCACCCCUCAAAAAGCACCGUGCGCCUGGACGGGCAGCACGAAGGGCGCUGCGGAAUCGGCAUCUCCCUCCGAAUGGGCGGGCCGGCAUCGCGCAUGCUCGCUGGCGGCCGGCGACAGAGCGACUGCACCCCACCAACAGCCCCGGCGCGUUUUAAAUUUGGCGCCUCGCUCACUGAUUAGCCGGACCCUGUCGCCAACACCCUCCGAGCAGGCGCGUUGGAAUCACACAAGCGACCAGUCAGCAAAAAGCUUCUUCCGGCAGACGCACCAAUAGCUAGGGGCGGUGGCGCUGUCCAAUGAGCAGGACCCUACUUGGCGGGAGGUUAUAAAAAUCCCGGGCGCGGCAUCCCCAGUCGCAGCGGUUCAGCAGCGGAGAGAGACGCCAUGUCUGGCCGUGGCAAGAGCGGCGGUAAGGCCCGUACUAAGGCCAAAUCUCGCUCGUCCCGGGCUGGGCUGCAGUUCCCAGUGGGGCGCGUUCACCGGCUGCUGCGGCGCGGGCACUACGCGGAGCGGGUGGGGGCUGGUGCGCCCGUGUAUCUGGCGGCCGUGCUCGAGUACCUGACCGCUGAGAUCCUGGAGCUUGCGGGCAACGCGGCCCGCGACAACAAGAAGACGCGCAUCAUUCCCCGUCACCUGCAGCUGGCGGUGCGCAACGACGAGGAGCUCAACAAGCUGCUGGGCGGCGUUACCAUCGCGCAGGGCGGCGUCCUGCCCAACAUCCAGGCCGUGCUGCUGCCCAAGAAAUCCAGCAAGAGGGGCAGCGGGCAGCAGUCGCAGGAGUACUAGGCCGGCCGGCUCGCACAGCCCCACUCAAAGGCCCUUUUCAGGGCCACCCCAUUGCUCAGCGGGAGAGCUGCGAUCCGCGGAGGAGGCAGGAGGAGGGGAGGGGUUGAGAGGCGUGGCCGGCCGUGGCUGCUAGGGGGCGGGCAGGAACCGGCCCGGGGCCAGUUCAAACACUGAGUGCUAAAGCUGCUCCGUAAGGCCCCGUUAAUUUAACUCUUAUCUCUGGUACAUUCAGUGGACGUUGCCUAGAAAAUAAAACUGCUGUAUUUACAAAAUA